AAAAUCAAUAGAAACUAAUACAGCCUCGUGAUAUUUUGUAUGUACUGUAUGCAAUUAGUUCACUCUACAGCUUCGUAUCACCAUCAUAUUAUCCACGUUUUACAUGUCACUUGUGUAUGUGUUCUUUGAUUUUCCUUAUUUAAACUCCAAGAAAUAUCAAGAGAAUAUUCACACAGUGGACUCUGCUGAAUCUAAAGCUUAAAAGCUUCAAUCUUUAUUACAUUUACUUGAAAAAGCUUGGAUCUUUAUUACAAUUAGCUCAAGAUCAUGGCUUCAAAGCCCCCAAUUGGAUCCCCAUGGAACCCAAACCCAUCAAGAUCUUUAAAUCCCUCUUCAAUUAUAUACAACCCUUUCUUUAUUAUUCACACCACCCGGACCCGGUUUGCAUCCUUCUCUUGCUGCAGUGAGUCUCCUAAUAAUGCGCCAAAGAAGUUGAGCAGACCCGAAAAAGACCCGGUUGCAAUUGGGGAUGAUUGUUUGAGAAAAGCCCAUUUGAAGUUAGUUCCAGCUAGAAAGAAACAAGCACUUACUUUUAAGUCUUUGUUUGGAAAGAGGGCUUUGUGGAGAAGGAUACUCUUUGCUUCCACGAAAGUUAGAAGCAUCAUUUUGCUUAAUGUCAUCACUCUCAUCUAUGCUAGUGACAUACCAGUUCUCAAAGAGGUUGAAGCAAUCAUUGACCCUGCCACCUUCACUGUUGUCAGAUUUACGCUUUCAGCCAUUCCCUUCAUCCCAUUUGUGUUACGAGCAAGAUGUGAUGUUCAGACCCGAAAUGCUGGGGUAGAGUUGGGAUUCUGGGUCAGUUUAGGCUAUCUUGCACAAACACUUGGACUUCUUACAUCUGAUGCUGGACGUGCAUCCUUUCUUUCUAUGUUUACAGUAAUUGUAGUUCCGUUGCUUGAUGGUAUAUUAGGAGCAGUAGUUCCUGCUCAUACAUGGUUUGGAGCGCUCAUGUCUCUUACAGGUGUUGGCUUGCUGGAAUCCAGUGGAUCGCCUCCAACAGUUGGAGAUCUAUUAAACUUUUUAAGUGCAGUGUUUUUUGGAGUCCAUAUGCUUCGAACUGAGCAUAUCUCUAGACGCACUGACAAACAAAACUUUUUACCACUCCUUGGUUAUGAGGUGUGUGUUGUUGCUGUAUUUUCAAUUUUGUGGUAUAUUUUUGGUGGCUGGGUUUCUGGUGGUGAAAUAAUAAAUCCGUCAUCCUGGACAUGGGCUGAGUUCUGUAAUUGGAUGGUUAUGUUUCCAUGGGUACCUGCUCUGUAUACUGGAGUAUUGUCUACUGGGAUAUGCUUGUGGGUGGAGAUGACUGCAAUGUGUGACGUGUCUGCUACGGAAGCUGCAAUUAUAUAUGGUUUGGAGCCAGUAUGGGGUGCUGGCUUUGCAUGGUUUCUUCUUGGUGAACGUUGGGGCGUCUCUGGCUGGAUUGGCGCUGCUCUGGUGCUAGGUGGAAGUUUGAUGGUGCAGAUACUCGGGGCUUCCUCUGCUAGUUUAUCAGAAAAGAACAAGGUGAUCGGCAAGAUAGCAGAUCCCAUGGUGAUAUUCGAGAAACAGAGCAAUCUUUCUGCAUCCCCCAUUGUUGUUAGCUCCAGGAAGAACACACUGAAUAAAAAGCUCUGAAGAUAAAGAAAACUCAUACCCGUUCCCAAAAGCCACACCACAGUAUACUUGUAUUUAGAUAGCUCAACCAUAAUUACUUUCUUUUUCUUGAAUUAGUGAACAAAUCAUCAGAUAACGACCCUUAUAUGUUGUACAUAGUAAAAUGUAUAUGGUGUAGGUAUUACAUCCAUUUAGGAUUCACUACAGGAGCCUUGUAUUAUACACAUGUAAACAUCUACUAGCAAUUAAAAUAUGCCAGAAAUGAUAUAGGAGUAUAGAAAUUUAUUUUUUU